AUGUGGAAAGUACCAGGGAGUUUUGCACUCACUGGUAGAUUGUGUUGCUUUCCCAAGGAUCCGCUUGAGGAUGUCUACACUUGGAGUGAGUCUGUGGACAAGGUCCUGGAUUGCAAAGCGGGGCAGAUAGCCUUCCGGGAGUUCCUGAGGUCAGAGUACAGUGAGGAAAACAUAUUGUUCUGGCUGGCCUGCGAGGAAUACAAAAAGAUCAAGACUGUGCCAGAGAUAAUCUCCUCUGCCAAUAGGAUCUACGCAGAGUUUGUCCAGACUGAGGCACCCAGACAGAUCAACAUAGAUUGUGGCACCCGGGAAAACAUUACCAAAAACAUCUCCCAGCCCACCUUGAUGUCGUUCGACACCGCACAGAAGCUCGUCUACAGUCUGAUGGCCAGGGAUUGUUACCCACGUUUCCUCAAAUCUGACAUCUACCAGAGACUCCUGAGGAGAUCCCAUUCACAGUGACUGUUUCAACCUCACAGGCUCUCAGCAAGGCCCAUGACCUUCUCCAAAUCUCCAGUCUGUCUGUCUGUUAGUUCACCGUGGACACCUGGUCCAUCCCAUACUACCAGCACCUUAACUGUAGCAGAAACAUUUGUCAGGCUUUUGCCCACCUGCAAGAUUCAGUAGUCAGAUACAGGUCAUGAGAGGCUGAGAUUUGU